GGGACGCAGUGUACAGAGAACACUGGCAUUCCCCGAAAUGCUCUCAGCCGUGUGUGACGCUGCCCGUGACGUAGAGCCCGUCCGCGUCUGUGCCGAGGCCACCGAAGAGGAACCUGCGUCUAGAGUCGCUCGCGGUGCAAAUGCGCCUUAUCAGCGGGAUGAGAGUGCGACGCACACGGCCAGCUAAGGAAGCCAUUUAUCCUCCCCUAUCGCUGCCCCGCUUCCUGGGGAUGGAGCCCAGCAGGAAACAUGGCCCCAUUUCACUUUUGCAGUGGAUACUUGUGGUUCUCCUGCCAAGGGGCACUGUCAAGUAGGUGGGUCCAAUGUUUCAGAGUGUAGAACCCCUCAUUCUAGAGGGAGCUGGUGGCCUAGAGCUCAUGGCCUCCCUUUGGGAGACCUUGUUUGCCACGCUUUAACCAUUCACGCUGAAAUUUUCCAUGCCUGGGAUCUGCCUCCGGCUGAAUCUUUUGGGAAAGUUUCAGCUAAAACGAUUCUGUUAGAUGAGAGGAAAAUAUGUCGUUUUGCCCAUGUUAAGAAAACACUUGCAAGUGUUUGGGUGGGAAACUCUCGCACCCCCCAGCUUUGGAGUAGGGCUUUGAGAUUUGGCAAAAGGGUUGCCCUGGUGGGAGUGAUUUGCCUUUUGCCGACCCUGUAAAAACCAACCCAAAUUCGGCCACGUUAUAAGCCGCUGAAAAAAUCUGAGUUUGCAAAAGAGAUUUGUUCUAGUUUGGCAGCUAAAUUCCCCAAAGGUUUCAUCUGCACUGAGCAUGCUCCAACCCUCGCAGUGCCCAGGCUGCAGCCAGACCCCAUCCACAGAGGGCAAAUGAGCGUGUCCCACCCUCAGCUGGCCUUUCCCUGCAAUUGUUGCUCUGGACAUCAGCAGCCUGAGACUCUCCUGUGCUCUCGGUGCGCCGCCUGCUGGGGCCCAGGCAGCAGGGGAACUGGCGAGGAAACUGGACAGACGCAGAGGAGAGAGGAUUGGGGGUGCCUGGAGUCUGGCUGCAGAAGGGGGCAGAGAACUUGUUAGAGUGGGGGUGGGCAAGGAGCUGGGGGACAGAGAUCGGCUGUGUGUGGGGGGAUCUAGGUAAACAGUGGCAGAGACAGGCUGCAGCAGGUAUAUGCUGGGUGGACUGUUAAAGAAGGGGUUGUAACCACUAGAUCACACUCCCCUCCGCAAUCUGGAAUCGAUCCCAGAAGUCUUCCGUCUCACCAUUCCUCUGCUGUCGGCAAGCAGCUGUGACGGCCGCAGUGCAUCCGCACAAGUGGACCAAAGGAAGGUUGCGGGGCUUGACUUUGCAACUGUAAUGUCCUUUUACCAUUGUUUUCCGGCUGUAAUAGUCACAUUUGUUCCACUGUCGUCUCAGUUCAUUGGAAAGCAUUGGAGUUGGCCUCAGCCUUUCCCUGCCACAUUCCCGCACCUGCAGUUGCAGCUGCUCCCUGAGAAGCCGAAAGUGAAACGGCACGGGGCUAGCAGGGGGACAUUGCCUGGCCCAAGCUGAUGCGGUUGCGAGUGGGAGGGAAAUGAGCUGCUUACCUGGGACGGUUACUCUCCAGGAGUUAGCAGUUCAGGGAAGGGCUUCUGUUUGGAAACCCGCUGACGUUCAGCCUGGCACGGCCUUCCAAAGCCCCUUAGCUAGUAACAGCCAUAUGGCCCAGUGGGUAGGGCCCUGAGCUAGGAGACCCGGGUUCUGGUCCUGCCAUGGACAUGCUGAAGGGGCUUGGGCGAGUCACCUCUCCUCUCUGUUCUGCUUCCAACCCUUUGUCUGUUUGGACUGUGAGCUAAUCAGGGCAGGGACUGUCUCAGUGUGUUUGUACAGCACCAAGCACAGCAAGGCCUGAUUUGGUAGAGGGCUGUCGGUGCCACUCUGGUGUUAUGAACUGGUCUAGUCACCCCCACAAAGGGGCUUUCUGUCUGAAGAUGCCCUAGCCACCUGUGGGGCAACACACACGUUAAUCCAUCCCAGCAGCCUUCCGGCUCCCUUACUGGGGCCAGAGGGCAUCUCUGGGAAGAUUCCCUAACCUUAAAACUGUUUCCCUCUUGCUCCGUUUCUCCUUCUCACAUUUCUGCCACCCCUUUGCCUGGCAGAUCCCCUCAUCCCUCCCCAGACCCGAGCUGCUUUGGAAAGAAACAGCUCUUUUUUUAAAAAAAGCACCCACCGUACCCAAUUCUCCCUGCCUGGCACCGUGGGUCAUUUACACCUGUGCAGGUGGGUGUAUCAGACGCCCCCUGCUGGCAAGCGGAGAAUUCGUGCACAGCGGUGAAUGGCGACGCGGGGGCCCACAGAGGGGCAGUCAGGCCCAGCCCCUCCUUUGCCCCGCUCUUGGCUAGACAGGGAUCAAAGCUGUGUCGACAAGACAGUGUGGGCUUUAACGUGAGCUAGGCUGGCGGAGUGAAAGUUUAGGCCUGAGCUGGAAUGUGAGCAGUUUCACACGUGUUAAAGGACGAGUGCAUGGGCUGCCUUAGACUUUUCUCACACGUUCGACCGUGCUCCAGUGCAGGGUAGGAGAGGAGGGGGAUGUCCCACUCCCAGUGGGGCAGGGAGCUAGGCAGGUGCCCAGCACUGAGCCAGGGGUGACUGGCUCGGUUUUGGAGCUCAGCUCGUUUUGACUUAAAGCGCUAGCCUCAGGGCGGACAAGUAAAUCACUGUCCUGCCUGGCAGGUAGUGGGUGGGGUGCGUGACUACCCAGAAGGAGAAGGCAGGAGAAACAGCUGGAGAAGCACGUGUGGCCCAGCAUGAGUCUCCAUCAAUGCGGCGCCCACAGGCUGCAGGGAGGGGCGGGUGAGCCACGCCUGGCUGCGCACCAACUAAAUAACCGCAGGUGCUGAAACCAGGAGAGGGCAACUCAGACAGGGCCAGCAUGUAGCCAGGUAAAAGCCCCAGGGGCCUAGAGACGGGACAAUAGGCCUGUGCUAACCCUGGAGAACGGCCCAAGAACUGACCUGUGGGUGUGAGAUGGGGGCACAGCUCUCCCUGGGCGGGGUGUGGGGAGGCAAGCUAGGGGAGAUUCUUGGGCUUUUCCCCAUGGAGCGGGCGCACAGGUCUCCUGGCUGGGCUCUGCCCUCGGGGAAGUCUGGCCCAUGCUGUCUUUCCCUUUGGUUGCCCUCAGGGCUGCUGCUCCUCACAGCAUUCCUCCUCCACAUCAAGCUGUCCAGGACGAGCCCGGCCCGGCUGGUCUGCGACAACCGGCUGAUCCAGAAGUACAUCAGCGAAGCCAAGGACAUGGAGAAGAGAGUGAGCCAGUGCCAGGAGCUCCCCUCACUCUCCCAGCCCCUUCCUCUGCCCAUGGUGGACUUCAGCCUCCGGGAAUGGAAAACAAAGACAAAUGAGACAAAAAGGCAGGAAAUCCUCGGUGACCUGGCGCUGCUGGUGGACGCGGUGACCGCUGUGCAGGGCCAUGUGAGGCAGGAGUGUGCGGCUGCCCUCCUGGGGCAGCUCUACAAGAAAGCCAACUCCUUCCUCCUGCUCCUGCAGACCUUCAGCUGGCAGGUCAGUGCCUGGCAGCCGGACCGCGCCUCCCGGACAACCCUGCAGAGCCACCCCAGCGUAAUCUUCCUGGUCUACCGGCAGCUUGUGCAAGGCAAGCUGCGCUUCCUGUUCCAUGACCUGGCAAAGGAUUUCUGCCGGGAAGGAAGCCAAAGGGUGCCAGAGCCCCCAAGUACCCCAUGUCCCCAGCUGCCUCAAGGGGACAGUGAAAGCCCUGCCUCAUGAUGGAGGCACCCACGAGACCACAGGUGGAGACAAGUUGGGAAGGAAGCAGAUCCUGCCCCCUCCCACUCUCUAGCGAUUGGGGGAAGAGCAGGGCAGAGAGGACCCUGCUGGAGCAGAGGAGGUCACACCCAAGGACAAGAAAGGGGGCUUCUUCAGUCCUAGAGAGGCCCCCCAUUUCUGCAUUGGUUAAUAUCGACUCACAGCGAAGACUUGAGAGCUGAGCAAAAAGGGGCCUGGCCCCCAUGAGACUGGUUGGGGCCAGAGGAUGCGGUGUCAGCUCUGCACAUCCCAGGAAAGGGAGAGGACGCUGCCCUCCAGGGAGGAGCUCCUGUGGGCGCACAGUGAGGCAGGACUCAUUGGCAUGGGGCCUCUGAAUCCAACCAACACACGUGCAACACGUGCGGACUCGUCCCCGCCCCAGGGCACGUGUGAGAGAACUCACUCCCCAUCCACCAGCCCUGUCUCCAGCCGACCACUGCGUAAUCCAGCCCAGCACCGCGGGGUGGGGGACUCGCUGUGCCAGGGGAUCAGCCGGCAGAACGCAGCUGUGGGCUAAGGCACUUGCGGGUGCACGACCCUGCAGCCCCAAGGCUCGUGCCCCCAGCUCUCCAUGUGUCACCGCAGCCCAGCCUCCCCGCAGGGAGGAUGUUGCUGUACUUGCUGCUUAUCACGACGGUGGAAGCGGAAAGGAGACGGAUUCGGGCUGCUCGCUAGAGUUAAGGAUCAGGAAGGGGGCGGGUGUCUUUUACUGGGAAAACGUCUUACGAUUAAAGAGCUUAUUUUUCUAAAGAGCCCUGUGAUCUCGCUUAGCGGGGGAGCAAAGCUCACCGGCAACUGUGGGAUCCGGGGCUAGCGCUGGGACCCGGGCCUGCUCGCUGGGGGCCCAUGCACAGGGGGGCGCCAGCCUUUUUACUGGGGGGCCAGACU